AUGGAUUAUCUUGGCGAAGACAAAGGCGAUUUCCCUGAGGACCCUUGGGUCGUGGAUGAUGAUGUUUGGUCUCGAGUGAUGAAGGAGUGGCUUGGAAUGAGUGAUCCCUCCAAGCUCGCACCGGUGCCGAAACGCCAAGAAGGAGGUCUUCCAUCGUUCAAGAAGUUUGGCCUUGAUGAAGAAAGUGAUGACGAUGACCUCGGGCUUGCCAAAGAUGGGGACGAGGAAGAGGCAGAAAAUGAAAUGUACGAGAGGAAGCUUGAUGUUGACAAUGAGCAGACCGAGCAAGUGGAUGAAAAGAGGAAGAGUCGAAUGGACUUCUUUCAGGAAUUGGAGUACGCAUGGUUGCCAUACCUGGAGGAAUACUACGAAACGCUGACUCCAGAGAUGCGGAGUUUGGAUUGGCGCCAAGAGGCAUUGCUCGCGUCGGCAACCUUCAAAGGCAAGCGAAAGGAUGCAAUUCACAAACAGUGCAGCAAGGCGCAUGAAGAAGCCAGAGGAAUUCUGCCAGAGCUGGCACAUUUGCUGGAGAGGAAUGCCGAAAGCAGGGCAGUUUUGCUCUCAGAUGUCCAAUUCAUGCUUUGCUACCGCACUGAUGCCUUAAUCCACAAGGCUCUGGAUCGCGAUCGCAAGCUGGCAGUUCUCCGCGAGAUGCAGGCUAGUCUCAUCCAGUCGUAA